AUGGCUGAUGAAAUUGCAUCAGCAAUGGAGCAGGAAAUGGUGGAAGAACAGGCUAUAAAGUGCCCAAGGCCUUCAGCAAAGAGGCAAAGGAAAGGAUCUCCUGACGCCCGAGAAGAAACAGAUAAAGAACGUGUAGACGAUAGUCUUCUGCAAGAUGCACGUAGAAUCAAAGAAAACAUCAGGGUCUACAUGAACGCAACAGACAGGAACGUGAGUGCGAAGGUACAAAAGCACGUUAAUGGGAAAAUUCAGCAGUUAAUAGAUAUAAUGGAGACAAUAUAUGAUAAGAACUAUGAAAAAACGUUUUUAGUACAACGUGUGGUAAAGGACACAUUAGCUUCCUCUGAAAUGUAUGAUAUCAUAGUAAAUGCAUUAGUGGAAAAAGCAGUACCUAUGGUUAUCGAGGGACUCAAGUCGGAAAGUAAAACCAUACAAAGACCACUGUCAGAACCUCAGACAUCUCGGGAGUUUCCAUGCGUUAAAGAACAACCGCUAUUAGCCGAUGCCCACUCUAUUAUUGAGACCACGGAGAAUGAAAGUUUCCAGGAAGUGUGGCCUCGGAUUCCUCGGAGUACUCUCGGAGCAGCUUCCGGUCAGAGAUCCACCCUAUUCAGAUGGCAAUCUCUUGAGGACUUCCUGGACACCGGCGCCGAGGCCUUCCUCUACGACCUGCUCCUCCUCUGCACCUUUCAACCAUUGUCUUCUCCGAUUGACCCACGCGGAAGUGAGUUAAUGGUUGCCGUACCUCUUAGUACCGAAAUAUUGGCCAAACCCCUCGUUUUGGAACUUGAACGACUUCCUGACUCGAUAAAGUAUGAGAUAGCGUUAUAUCUAUUCAACCGUGAAGCGGACUAUGUGACAAAAAGACAGGAUGAAAUGAUAAGUUACAGUGGCAUUUAUGAAGAAGCUUGGACCUUGAUAUUUCCUCGAAGGAUACGCGACACUGCGAGUCCUUGUCCAGGACACGCUGGGGCAGGAUCUUGA